ACGGAACGUGUCACAAUGUUUAGGGAACGUUUACCGAUUUCCAGAGGGAUUCGAGCCCCUUCAGCACUUAUUUGGGGCAGCCUUGGAUUAAUCCUAAUGCUGCAGCUGCUGCAGUUCCAGGUGGUGAGUGGCUAUAGGGCCCUGAUUCCCGUCGAUCCAGCGAAUCCCGGCAAAUGCAUUUAUCGCGGCGAUUUACUAGAAUUGGGCAUCAAUAAUGGCAUUCCACCCUGUCAGCGACUGACCUGUAAUGAGGAUGGAUCCAUAUUUAUCGAGGGAUGCGGUAAAUUGCGCAUUGACAAAUGCAAUCGCGGUGAACGCAUCAAUCCAUCGAAACCCUUUCCAGAAUGUUGCCUGUUGAGAUACAAGUGCAAAAAAGCUGAUGGAGCGCCCUUUUAUAUUGAACGAGAUGCAGCCGAAGGGGCGUAGAGGAAAAA